GACGUGCCGAGCGCUACAAGAGGAUGGGGAUCCAGCUCUGAUAAUUAAGGAUGCUUACCCAAAACCUUGAUCACUUUUCUAUGAAUAUUACGAAUAGAAAAGAUUGGGGUGCGAAUGAGACGAAUGAUACAAGACCAUUCAAAGUGAAUCCACCAGAAAUUGUGAUAAUUCACAAUACUGGCAGUUGGAGUUGCAACUCGACAAAGAACUGCAGAAAAACAUUGGUUGAUAUGCAGAAAUUAAGGACUGAGGGGGAAAGCUUUGAGUAUGACUACAAGUUCAUUGAGAAAUUGGGCAUUCCAGUCAAUUUUGUAAUAGCGACAGUCGCAGCUCCACAUACCUACAAUUUCGGCGAAGUAAGUCUGGGAAUCACCUUCAUGGCAAAGGUAAGUUACACCAACCAAUUUCAGACAGUUUUUGAUGAACACUUACUGGUUUAAGCGAGACACGAAAAACAUUGAAAUUUGAUGAAAAAUUUAUGAGGUAUUUACCGGAUUGUUUGUGAAUUAAAUUCAGACACCCAUACAAUGAAAUUUCUAAUUUCACAAUGUAAUUGAAGUCGAAAAACAUUUCUUGUAAUGAUUUUCGAGCGAUUAACCAACGUGACUUUCAAUGCCUACGAAAACCUCAAGAAUCUGCUCGCAUUUUGUGUUGAAAAUGGAAAAAUCAGGGAGAACUAUAAAUUCAUGGGGGGCCUGGAAUUAGGUGCUCAUGACUCUCCUAGUCCGCAAGUGAUUGGAGUGGAGUAGGACAGUAAAGAAGUUGACGAGGACAGUCCAAUUUUAGUCCAUAGUAAUAAUGAUUGGGUUAAUGUGGAACUCAUUUUCCAAUUCGAAGAACCUAAAAACUGAAACGCACAUCUUAAUCAUUGGAUUAACGAUCGACACGCAACCCAACAUAAUAAAUUAUCAAUUUAUUACAGAUUAUGUUUAAUAUAAAUUCUUAUUUCGAGGAAUAUAAGGGAUUAGGCCAUUACAUUGUUUUGCCAAAUUAUUAACCGAAGAUUGUAGAUUAAGUCAUAAUUUUCUUGUAUGAUGUUCCAUUAUUCUAAUUUGGAGUAAUUGUUAUGAAAAAAUAAAAUAUUCAACUGCAAUGUUACCCCGGAGAUUAACUUUGAUUUCAAAUUGAACUCUGAUUGUUAUCUUCAAAAUCUGUUUAUAUGCUACCUCAUUUUAAUUGAAUGGCAUAAUCAGAGUUGGCCAGCUGGAAUAUGAAAACAAUCUUAUUGCAGAUGAACCUUCGAAUCGUUCAAAAGAUAUCCUUCAAACACUAUAUAAUUUUAUUAUUCAAAGUUGUUCAAUUUUGUUGUAAAUUUAUCAAAUUGGCUAUGAAAAAAUCAUAAAAAU